CAUAGACCUGGUCAACAGUAUGUCCACAGAGAGCUUCCUAAUGGCCUACCAAAGAUUCAUUGCCAUCAGAGGCCACCCCCUCAAGGUUUGGUCAGAUCCUGGGACCAACUUCAUUGGUGCAAAGUCCUUGUUGGGGGAUUUGUAUGCCUUCCUGAAGAGCCAAGACAGAGCUAGCCUCGAGGAGUAUGCAGCGACAAAUGGGACAGACUGGACCUGGAAAGUACACCCUGCCGACUCACCACAUCGGAAUGGAGCUGCUGAAGCUGCCGUGAAGGUUGCCAAGAGAGCUCUUCAAAGUUUGAGCAAGUCGCCUAAUCUUACCUUCAGUGAGUUCCUCACAGCCCUCCAAAUGGCAGCUAACCUGGCAAACGAGCGCCCUAUUGAUGCGAGAGUCCAGAGUCGGGAGGACCGCGUGGAGUACGUGACACCAAACUCACUCCUCAUGGGCCGAGCCUCUCACAGUGGUGACUCCAAGUCUUUUGAUUUCCAGGGCUAUCCCUACAAGCGGCUCAGAGAAAUCCAAGUCCAAGUCAACGAGUUCUGGAAAGCAUGGUCCCAGCUUGCUGGCCCAAACCUUUUUGUUAGAUCAAAAUGGCAUGCUACAGAAAGAAAUGUCUCCGUCGGUGAUGUUGUUUGGCUUUGUGAUCAAAAUGCUUUGCGGGGGCAGUUUAGACUUGGUAGAGUCGUCACUGUAGCUCCCGAUUCAAAGGGCGUUGUUAGGGAUGUUGAGGUUCUUGUCACUCCAGGCAACUGUGCCUCAGUCCACCAUCAGCAGGCAGUGAUCCACUCCACAGCUCUGAGUGACCGGAGAGAGAGGUCUAAUGGUGUAGUAUUGCGCAGAGAUGUCAGGCGGCUUGUAGUUCUUUUACCUGUAGAGGAGCAGUGCCCCUAGUGGGGAAGGUGUUUGGUAAGUUGUUCGCCUUUUCAGUUUCGCAACCUUUCUGACUAAGUCCAGAAAGCUUGAGUGGGAGGUGUUACGGCGAUCAGCUGUUUUGCCGGCUGAUGCGCGAGCCCGCGAGUGCAGCGGCCCUGUGACGCGCUCGGCAACAGGCUGAACCCUGUUUAGAUUAGCGCAGGUUUCUUUAAGAGAGCACUUGGUAGCGCACAUCCACUCCCGUAUUUAACCAGGUUACUAGAGAGGGGUUUUAUACAAUUCGGCGUUAGUUCGGCCAGUCAAGUCACAUGAUCAAAGCCAAUUUACUUUCAUGGAAAGGUACAGCGGUGAGCGCUCCCGUCUAAUCGGCUGGUGCGCGAGCGCGCUAAUUACGCAGCUGUGUCAAAUUAAGCAGAGUAAAGAGACGCCACUAUAUAGCAGAACAAAGGUUUUAGUUCCUCCACAGAGCUGUGAGAAUACUACCAACAAGAGCUGAACAGACAGCCGGUUUUUCACCUACUGGAAAAUAAAAGGAAAAAAGGAAACAGUCUGGGCUUAUUGAGUGAAGUCCUGCCUAAUUGUUCAGCGUUGGUACACCCCUCCAAGUGUGGGGAGCACGGCG